CGUCCCGCAGUGCCUGUCUGAUUAUUGAUCCAGCACACGACCUGGUUUCAAAUCACGCUCAACUCCUUGCUGGUCCUCUUUUCCCUUGUUGAACAGCAUCACAAGAUACUUCUUGUAUCCAUGCGCAGGGAAGCUUGAGUUACAGAACCAGAGGAUCUAAAUUGAUUCCAGAUCACAGAUACGCAGGGCACGAUAAGCGUUUUCUUGAUCAUUCAAAAUGGCGUUGCCGAAGAGAAUAGUGAAGGAGACUGAACGCCUAAUGGCGGAACCAGUUCCUGGCAUUAAUGCUGUCCCUCAUGAGGAAAACUUGCGGUAUUUCGAUGUCUCGAUUCAUGGACCAGCACAAUCACCAUAUGAAGGUGGAAUCUUUCGCCUCGAAUUAUUCUUGCCCGAAGACUACCCGAUGACUCCUCCGAAGAUUCGGUUCUUGACUAAGAUCUAUCACCCCAACAUUGACCGUCUUGGGCGAAUCUGCUUGGAUGUCCUGAAGAACAACUGGUCUCCAGCCCUACAAAUCCGCACGAUCUUGCUGUCGAUUCAGGCAUUGCUGGGUGCGCCAAACCCUGACGAUCCUCUUGCAAACGAUGUUGCUCAGCGCUGGAAGGAGGAUGAGCCAGCAGCGAUACAGACGGCGAAGGAGUGGACCAGAACACAUGCAAUGACUUAGAUUAUGAAAGCUCAAUCAAAAUUGGUAUUGUGAGCAACAACAAUAUUAUGUGACCAUGAAGAGAAAAAACUACUACGAGGAUAAGUCUUGGGCAUUUAUAUUUUGACGAAUCUCAUAUCGUCCUUCUCUUUUUACUGUUUUCAAUUUCUUG